AAGGGUUGGCUGUGAUUGUGAAAGAAAAGGAAUGAUUCAGCUCCCCGAAUGGACCCACGCAGCUGAAGAGAUGGAGCUGACACAGGACAUGCAUCGGGGUGACACAGGACAUGGAGCUCACACAGGAGAGCCCAGGGACCCUUGCGAGCGCCUGCUGUGUACCUGCGACAAGGCUGCCAUAGAGUGCUUGGCUCAGUCCAGUAUCAACUCCUCCCUGAACCUCCUGGACGCCUCCUUCUGUCUGUCUCAGCCUCCAGAGACAACCAGCAGGAAGGAGCCCACGACCCUUCUGCCCAGAGGGUAUCCUGUGGAGCCCACAGACAGCAGCCUGGUGGCCCUCUCAGGAGAAGUGGCUGCUGAGACCAGAGCUGACCAAGUGCCCACUCUUUCCAGGACAAGUCAAGUGACCACUCUCUCCAGGACAAGGGGAGCAGAACCAGGCCAAGAGCAGGAAGGCACGGCAGCCGUGAGGACCACGGCGCCUCCAGGCUCUGCAGAGAUCGUUGUCGCAGCUAGAGGUGUAACUGUUGUCCCCUCGGGCGUUAAAUCUUUGGGGUUGGCCGUGUCAUCCAUCAAAAGCGGUCCUGAGGAGACAACUGGAAAAGCCUGUGACAGGUUCACCUUCCUGCACCUGGGGAACGGGGACCACACACAGGCGGUUUCCCAGCUUGGAGAGGUGCUGUUCUGUCUGACAUCCCGGUGCCCGGAGGAGUUUGAGUCUUACGGCUGUUACUGCGGGCAAGAAGGACGUGGCGAACCCAGGGACGCCCUGGACAGGUGCUGUUUGUCCCAUCACUGCUGCCUGGAGCAGGUGAGAAGGCUGGGCUGCCUGCUCGAGAGGCUGCCUCAGUCACCGGUGGUGUGCGUGGAUGGCGUCCCCAAGUGUGUGGGGCAGAGCCUGUGCACGAAGCUGCUUUGCGCCUGUGACCAGACAGCGGCCGAGUGCAUGGCCUCAGCUGUCUUUAACCAGAGCCUCAAGUCAUCAGGGAGCCAAGUGUGCCAGGGCAACGCGCUCCCCUGCGAGGACGGCAUGGCUGGAGGGCCUGCGGCCUCCUCCCGCGGCUCCAGCUCUGAGGAGAACAGCGAGGAGGCCAUGCCCCAGACGGUGCACCUGAGAAGGACCAGAUUUCUGGGGAAGUCACUUGGUCCCAUGGGGACCAGGUCACAACAUGGCCCCAGAUAG